AAACGAAGUACGCGGAAGAUCGCGGCAAUGGAUCCAAAUGCCGCUUAGUUCCGGAAUUGCUUGGACACGUCCGCUUCCCAUUCCACUCACUCCUCACCGCUUUCCUUUCUCCCCAUUGCACUGCCUUCCUUUCCGCAUCCAAAGCCUACAACGGCAACGGCAACACCCCCAUUUCUGAACCGCUUCCAUCUCCUUCCGAGGGACUCGCUGCCUCUGGACUCAACCUUACUCCCCAUGGCUCUGUCGCAGCCGUCGCCGUCGGCUUCCACGUUUCCAGUUCGCGAAGACUGUUGGACUUUGGACGAUACUUCCACUCUCGUCGAAGCCUGGGGCGAACGUCAUCUCGACUUGAACCGCGGCAGUCUUAGGUAUAAACACUGGCAAGAGGUCGCCGACGCUGUCAACUCCUGUCAUAAUCAUGAGAGGAAGUCAAUUCGUACGGCUAUUCAGUGUAAAAACCGUAUCGAUACGCUUAAGAGGAAGUACAAGAUCGAGAAGGCGAGAAUUCAAGAAUCCGGUGGAACGUACGUCAGCGCUUGGCCGUUCUUCUCUUGUCUCGACAGUCUUAUAGGCAACAGCCGUAAGUCUUCGACGCCGGCCGCCGUUUCUUACUGUAAAGCCUUGACAGCGACGACUCCAGGGAUGUCGCUGUUCCCGAAAAUUCCGGUUGGUCCUCGAUCCGGGACUAAGAAACGUCGUUUGAGUCACGUCUACGGGAGUUUCUGCAAUUCGCACCUUAGCCAGGAUUUAAACUCGAAACAUGAUGAAGGAAAGGACGAUAUGGAUUCCGAGAAUCAUUUCUCGAGUCCGAGGUUCAAGGACCGAGACGUAGGGUACCGGAAACUGGCUGACGCAAUAGGGACGAUUGCCGAUAUAUUUGAGAAAGUGGAGGUAGCAAAACAGAGACACAUGGUAGAAUUGGAGAUGCAGCGGAUGCAGUUCGUGAAGGAUUUGGAGUAUCAGAGAAUGCAACUACUCAUGGAGAUGCACCUUCAGAUGCAAAAAAUCAAGUGCUCCAGGCGAGAUUCAGGAGCUGGAAUCAAGAGGAUGGACUCCAUUGGAAAAUCUUCUUUGCAUGGUUAUCCACAAACUUUGAAGAAGAUUGUUACUCGUAGUCGACAACGUAGCAAAGACGCAAAGACUUCUUUUAUCCGAACGAGAGAAAAACUUGUUUUGGGCGAAGGAUUUUGUGGAGCUGAGGUUUGGAUUAACCAGCAUUUCUUGUGAAGCUUCCAACAUCUUAACUUAGUGGGCAAAGGAAACUACUUUUUACUUUCCUAUAAUGGGUAAUGGUGUCGACAAAGGAUACAGAGCUUGCAGAACAACAGACAGAGGAAAUAGAGAGUAGAAAAAUGAAGGAAAAUAAAUAUUUGGCUCAUCCAAAAGUUAUAGACUGGAAUCAGGUCUCGAUCGGUUGGAUGUAUAAGAGAAAUUACUUAACUCGUUAGUUCGAGUACUGCACGGGUUGAUGUGCACAGCGCCUAGUAUCCCUUGUUUACGGCUAGGACUAUCGGGGUAUCUAAUCAUAUUCGCUCUCCUAGCUUUUGUCUCUCAGUGUCAGUGUCGGUUUAGUAAAAUGCUUUUACCGUCGGUUUAUCGUUUCGAUC